CCUUUACUUCCCUCCACCAUGGAACUCCCAAUUUACUACUCAAAAUCCGAAUACAUAGAGACCGACACAGGAAACAAAGUGUCAAGAAAGGCUGCAAUCGCAGGUCCUCAGAACAUUAUCCUCGGUGGCAAGACUAUCAUUUCGAGUGGUGCCAUAAUACGUGGCGACCUGAGGCGGUCAGGUUCUGGUCCUGCUGUUGUCAUAUCCCUCGGUCGGUACUGUUUAGUCGGCGAGGGUUGUGUAAUGAGGCCGCCAUACAAGACCUAUAGAGGGACUUUCAACUACUACCCCAUGAAAGUUGGAGAUCACGUACACAUCGGAGCCAACUCUGUGGUAGAAGCCGCGACGAUUGGAAACCACGUCGAAAUCGGAAAAAACUGUGUCAUCGGAAAGUUCACUAUCAUCAAAGAUUGCGCAAAAGUUGUAGAUAAUACAAUUGUACCUGCGAACACCGUAAUUCCUGCUCUCUCCUUGUUCGGUGGAUCACCGGCACGGUUUGUUGAAGACUUACCAGAGUCUACACAAGAGAUUGUCGAAGCCUACACAAAACAGUACUACAUGCGUUUCCAACCACUGGAUAAAGAUAGGGAACGUUGACAAACUCGCGUGUUCACCUACUUUGCACUUACUCUAAUCGACUCUAGCUUUCGCUGAGCUAGAUGUACUCUACCAUCGUCUCAUGACAUGGAGUGAGCUCCUACAUAGAGCAUGAAAAGAUCUAUAUACUACCACUGUACAGUAGUAAUACCGAGCUUGCACCUUCGGGG